AUGUCCCGGGAGACAGUGGCCGCCGAAGUGCUAAGGCGUCACGCGGAUGGUUGGGUCAAGGUCUUUGGACCAGGAGCGACUAUCCCCGUGCCGACGUGGGGAGUGGUGAUCCAUGGUGUCCCGAUUCGGUCCAUGAAUCCCAGUCCGGAGACGAUGCAGAGGGUUGCAACUCAGCUGACGGCCGCCAACCAGCAUACCUGGGGGCCUAGCAAGAACAAGGCUGAGGGGUCCAUCGUGGUCGAAUUUACCAAUCCAGCGGUGGCGAAUCAGGCGAUUGAUCAGGGGACCAUCUGGAAUCCUGUGCCCUCAGCACGACUACCCUUUGCAAAGAGCGGCGUGUAA